AUGAUUGUUUUACUUCUUUUCUUUGUGGUAGCCUGCUCUGCAUCGGGGCUUCCUAUCGUUGAUCUCGGCUAUGAACUACACCAAGCGAUUUCAUUCAAUAGCACCAAAGGCUUGUACAACUUCACCAAUAUCCGCUAUGCGGCUCCGCCAGUAGGGGAUUUGCGAUUUCGCGCUCCUGAAUUACCGGAACAGAAUCGUUCUCAGGUUCAGAAUGGUUCGGUCGGCCGGGUUUGUCCCCAAGCCAAGCCUAUCUGGUCUUCGGAUAUCAUGCCGGCGUUCCUUUUGAGUGUAUUCGAAGGGACACCGUUCAAUCAGUCGUCGAAUAUUUCUUCUUACCCGUAUGUACCACGGCCGUAUGACCCGCGCGUGACGGAGGAUUGUCUGUUUCUCGAUGUGCUUGUUCCCAAGAAGAUUUUCGAUCGGUCACAUGGGAAUCGCUCGAUCUCCAAGGAGUCCUUGGCGCCGGUCUUGGUCUGGAUCUAUGGUGGAGGGUACGCGGAAGGCGAUAAAACGCAGGAGGAUCCUUCGGGGCUGAUCAAUCGGAGCAUGAUUGUUGGUGAGGGGGUUGUCUAUGUUGCGAUAAAUUAUCGUCUGGGUGCCUUUGGUUGGUUGGGAGGUGACACUCUUAUGGCAAACGGAACUGCCAAUGCGGGACUUCAUGAUCAGCGCUUUGCUUUGGAAUGGGUAUACAAGAACAUUCACUUGUUUGGUGGAGAUCCUGAGCGAGUCACUCUUAUCGGCGAGUCAGCCGGUGCAGGCUCCAUCGUGCAUCAAAUCACUGCAUAUGGCGGCAAGGGGGGACCGUCUCGAUUUCAGCAGGCGAUUGUGCAGAGUCCAGGCUGGGUACCCAUGCCUGAUAAUCAGCAGCCCGAGGAGAUUCUGCAAACAUUUCUCGAAAUUUUGAAUGUCAGCACGAUUGAUGAAGCACGGCAACUUCCAUCAGAGAAAUUGAUGGACGCUAAUGCAUACCAGAUCGCCACUAAAUCCAAGUGGGGUGAUUUCACUUACACCCCAAUUGUAGAUGGCACGUUCGUCCCUGCCUUACCUGGGCAGCUUCUUAUGGAAGGCAGAUUUGACCAUGACCUGACUGUUAUGACUGGACACAACACGGCCGAGGGACUCGAGUUCACUCCACCCGAAAGUGUCAACAGCACCGUCCUCCCAACACUGCUGAAGUUAUAUUAUCCUUUCAUCAAGCAGAAUGUCACCGAUUACGUGACUCAGGUGCUAUACCCACCGAUAUAUAACGGGUCCUAUGACUACAAAAGUCCCCUUGAGCGCUACGCAUUCAUCAUCUCAGAAUCUAUUUUCGAAUGCAACACGGAGUACCUCAACUGGGCGUAUCAAAACCAGACCUUUGCAUACGAAUUCAGCGUCCCACCCUCGCUCCACGGCCAAGACACGCUAUACACCUUUUACAACCCGGACAAGGCUGGCCUUGACGGUGGUUUGUCGAUCCUAGACGUCCAAAACGCCACUGUCGCAAUUGCCAUGCAGGACUAUUUCACCAGCUUCGCACAGUUUGGUGUGCCCAAAUCACCUGUGGGGCCAGAAUUCCCACGAUAUGGCUCAAAGAAUGCGCUCUUGGACAUUGGCACCGGCAGUAUCCAGCCUAUUCCCGACGUAUCCGAUAAUUUCCGCUGUCGAUUCUGGCAGACUGCGCCGUAUUACUGA